AUGGUCGAAUACAUAUUUGUCGUCUUGGCUUUCCUCGACGUCUGCACUGAUGCCAAUUUUCUCCAUAUUCCACAUUGCGUCGAUUCCACUGUCGAGCUUGUGGUCUUCAGGUGUCUUUUCAACUUUCUGUAUGUAAACACUUGCAACACGGGGAAUCCGUGCAAGAAUGGUGCCGCGUGUGUGAUGCUUUACAGUGGGAAACAGGUCUACUGUAAUUGCACAGCCGGCUGGCAAGGGGCCAAUUGUGAUGUGGCAACGUUGACUCCAAACGACAAAUACAUGAAUUGCACAAAAAUCGACUGGUCAAAGGAAAGCUCAAGUUCGAACAAUUGCACGAAAGUGACGAACAGCAACUAUCCAUCGCUUUCAUUG